CUUCAGACCGAUCAAUUUUGCUUCCCCAAGUCAUAUGAUCGACUCCUGACUUAUGUUUUUCUCGUGACAUCGUACUGCUGCAGAAGGCAUUUACGGGCACAGCAAAACAGCAAGUGUCUACUCGAGUCCUGUACGGAACUGGGCGUGUGAGUGCAGUGCAGUGUAAUUUCCCUUGAGUCAGCGAUCGUCAGAAAAAUUUGCCAAAAUGAAGGGCUGCCUUUUCAAUAUCGAUAACGGAUACCUGGAGGGUCUUUGCCGCGGCUUCAAGUGCGGUAUUCUCCAGCAGAGUGAUUAUCUCAAUCUUGUCCAGUGCGAAACUCUCGAAGAUUUAAAACUACAUCUGGCAGGCACCGACUACGCCAAUUUUCUGGCUAAUGAGCCAUCGCCCUUGUCCGUCAGUACUAUCGAUGAUAAGCUACGUGAAAAGCUCGUGGUUGAAUUCCAACACAUGCGGAAUCACUCAGUAGAGCCGUUGUCUCAGUUUCUUGACUUCAUCACUUACAGCUACAUGAUCGACAACAUUAUUUUGUUAAUUACUGGUACCUUGCAUCAGAGACCUAUUUCUGAGCUCAUACCAAAAUGCCAUCCUCUUGGCAGCUUUGAACAAAUGGAAGCCAUUCAUGUUGCUGCUACUCCUGCAGAAUUGUACAAUGCUGUUCUGGUCGAUACACCUCUUGCUCCAUUCUUUGUGGAUUGCAUUUCUGAGCAAGAUUUGGAUGAAAUGAACAUUGAAAUUAUCAGAAAUACGCUGUACAAGGCUUAUCUUGAAGCUUUUUACGACUUUUGCAAAGAGCUUGGUGGAACCACUGCUGAAACUAUGUGUGAAAUUUUGGCUUUUGAAGCUGAUAGAAGAGCAAUUAUCAUUACAAUUAAUUCGUUUGGUACUGAAUUAGGAAAAGAUGAUAGGGCUAAGCUUUAUCCACGUUGUGGUCGUCUGAAUCCUGAUGGUUUAGCUGCCCUAGCUAGAGCUGAUGAUUAUGAACAAGUUAAAACUGUUGCUGAGUUUUAUUUUGAAUAUGCUGCUCUUUUUGAUGGAGCUGGAAAUAAUCCUGGAGAUAAAACUCUUGAAGAUAAAUUUUUUGAGAGAGAGGUUCGAUUAAAUGUUAAUGCUUUCUUGCAACAAUUCCAUUUUGGAGUAUUUUACAGUUACUUAAAACUGAAAGAACAGGAAUGUCGCAACAUUGUUUGGAUAGCUGAAUGUGUAGCACAGAAACAUCGCGCAAAAAUUGACAACUACAUACCAAUAUUUUAAAUCUAUAAAAAUACUCAAUAUUUGAGUUAAUGGUGUUGAACCUGAAUUAUUGGCCAAUAUUUUUAUUGUGUGGAGAUCUAAAUUUUAAUUUACCUCCAGUUAUAAAUUUAUCGAUUAUUAUUUUUAUUGCUGUAGGCUCCACUUUUUAUUAUAAACUGCCACAAAAUUAAAUCCGCCUGUUAAAAAUCUUAAUGAAUCUUUUAUAAACAUUAAUUUAUGUUAAUUAUUUUGAUGUGAAUAAUUGAUUUUAAAACAUAUCAUCUCAAGUAUUUAUGAUUGCUGAUUACAAAACAUUCUAUAAAUUUAGAUACAAUGGAAAAAAUGAUUAAACUUGAACUCAAAAAUUGAGGAGCAUAACUAAAAUGCUUCAAAAGAUGAACAAGAUUUUACAGAUAUUAAUAAUGUUGAUUUAUAAAGUGUGUAUGAAAAAAUUAAUUAUGUUUGACAUGAUUUUCAUGGAAUAAAUUAUUUAUGUUUGUAACAAUUGCUUCAAAGUCUAUAUCAUGCAAAUUUAUCUAAAGUGACAUCAUAGUUACUGAUUAAAACAACAUUUUUGAGUUUUCAAACAAAAAAUGCAAGUAUUAUGAACGUUUUUGUUGUGAAUUAAGGUAUUAAUUGUAAAUAAAAAUUAUUGAAGCUUACAUUACAAA